AGGUUCCUCACAGCACCAGGUGAGGAGCAUUAAACACUAAUUCUGUCCCCUCCAACCCGCAGCCUCCGCUCUUCCCAGGAGACCCAAAUUCCUCAGCGGCACAGUCGGAGGCUCCCUGUCCUUCCAGUGCCACUAUGACCCCAAGGGGAGCUACAAGAAGAAGUAUUUGUGCAGGUGGGAGGAAGGGAGCUGCUCUCUGCUCCUGGACACCGACGGGUUUGUGCACGAGUCCUACAAAGGGAGAGCACAAACAACCAGCAGCGACCCCGAGCACGGGACAUUCACGGUGGUGAUGAGCCAGCUGAGAGAGGAGGACUCAGGAUGGUACUGGUGCAGGGCUGCCAGUGGGCACACAGAGCACACGUCCUCUGUGAAGCUGCACAUCCACAAGGAACUCUGCUCUUCACAAGACCCAGAAACAACCACUCCUGUCAAGUCCACUUCAUCAAGUCUGGCUGCCUCCAGCACACCCACACAGAGGGGCAUCAAGGGCCGGGUGUACACAGGGGGCACUGUCACCAAGAGCACCACGGUGGGCACUGUCACCAAGAGCACCAUGAUGGGCACUGUCACCAAGAGCACCACAGGGGGCACUGUCACCAAGAGCACCAUGAUGGGCACUGUCACCAAGAGCACCACAGUGGGCACUGUCACCAAGAGCACCACGAUGGGCACUGGCACCAAGAGCACCACAGCGGGCACUGACACCAAGAGCACCACGGUGGGCACUGUCACCAAGAGCACCACAGUGGGCACUGUCACCAGGACAACCAGGACCCUGCUGCCCACUGCCACCCCUGGCACCUCUGGAACCUCCCCAGGUGAAAGCUAUCACGAGAGCUCAUCAGGUGAAUCCCAUCUGCUCCCAGCUGUGCUCCCAGCUCUUGCUUUGCUCAUUUGCAUCACUGUCACUGUUCUCGCCCUGGUCAAAAUAAAACUUCAAAAGAAGACAGGAGGAGGAAGAAGCACCACUGGAAGCCUGGAGGCAGCGACAGCUCAGGCUGGUCCGAGUCCUGCAAAAGAGCAAACAGUGGAGGAAACCUCAAGUCCAGGAAAAGUGCAGGAGUGCAAGAUGGACUCUGGCAAAUGUAGGAAAAUCUAUGCUAUCCUUGGAAGAUUCAGGAUCACCAACUUAUAUCUACCUUACGGGGGGAAAAUGCUUUUCAAGGUGACUGAUGAAGAAUUGAGCCAGAACCUUCUGUGAAAGCCCCCGUGCACACGAGCUGGGAAUUUUCCCUAUGGAAAACCAAGGCUCUGAACUGCCAGGCACCCAGAACCCCUCUUUGCUCCCUGCCCUGCUCAGAACCCAAAUGCCCUGAAUCCCAAAUGGCACUUUUGCUACGUGUCUUGCAGAACAGAGAAUAAAAGAAAGCACCUCUA